ACAAAAUUGGGAAGCCUGGACCUGGGCUUACAUCCCAGGGUUGUGGAGUAGGAUGGGGGAUGGGCCUGUAACAGGAAGUGCCCUGGGUGUCCUCUUUCGGCCCCAUGGAGUCCUCACCCAUCCCCCAGUCAUCAGGAAACUCGUCCACUUUGGGAAGGGCCCUUCAAACCCCAGGUCCCUCUACUGCCAGCGGAGUCCCAGAGUUGGGACUACGGGACGUGGCUUCAGAAUCUGUGGCCCUUUUCUUCAUGCUCCUGUUGGAUCUCACCGCUGUGGCUGGCAAUGCUGCUGUGAUGGCUGUUAUUGCCAAGACACCCGCCCUUCGAAAAUUUGUUUUUGUCUUCCAUCUCUGUCUGGUGGACCUGCUGGCUGCCCUGACCCUCAUGCCCCUGGCCAUGCUCUCCAGCUCUGCCCUCUUUGACCAUGCCCUCUUUGGGGAGGUGGCCUGCCGUCUCUACCUGUUCUUAAGCGUUUGCUUUGUCAGCCUGGCCAUCCUUUCGGUGUCUGCCAUUAAUGUGGAACGCUACUAUUAUGUGGUCCACCCCAUGCGCUACGAGGUGCGCAUGACACUAGGGCUGGUGGCCUCCGUGCUGGUGGGCGUGUGGGUAAAGGCCCUGGCCAUGGCUUCUGUGCCAGUGUUGGGAAGGGUCUACUGGGAGGAAGGAGCUCCCAGUGUUAACCACGGCUGUUCUCUCCAAUGGAGCCAUAGUGCCUACUGCCAGCUUUUCGUGGUGGUCUUUGCUGUUCUUUACUUCUUGCUGCCCUUGAUCCUGAUCUUUGUGGUCUACUGCAGCAUGUUUCGAGUGGCUCGCGUGGCUGCCAUGCAACACGGGCCGCUGCCCACGUGGAUGGAGACGCCCCGGCAACGCUCUGAGUCUCUCAGUAGCCGCUCUACUAUGGUCACCAGCUCUGGGGCUCACCAGACCACCCCACACCGGACGUUUGGGGGUGGGAAGGCAGCAGUGGUCCUCCUUGCUGUAGGGGGACAGUUCUUGCUUUGUUGGCUGCCCUACUUCUCUUUCCAUCUCUAUGUUGCCCUGAGCGCUCAGCCCAUUUCAACAGGACAGGUGGAGAACGUGGUGACCUGGAUUGGCUACUUUUGCUUCACUUCCAACCCUUUUUUCUACGGAUGCCUCAACCGUCAGAUCCGGGGUGAGCUUAGCAAACAGUUUGUCUGCUUCUUCAAGGCAGCUCCAGAGGAAGAGCUGAGGCUGCCUAGUCGCGAGGGCUCUAUCGAGGAGAACUUCCUACAGUUCCUCCAGGGGACCUCUGAGAACUGGGUUUCUCGGCCCCUACCCAGCCCUAAGCGGGAGCCACCGCCUGCUGUUGACUUUCGAAUCCCAGGCCAGAUUGCUGAGGAGACUUCAGAGUUCCUGGAGCAGCAACUCACCAGCGACAUCAUCAUGUCGGACAGCUACCUCCGUCCCGCCCCCUCACCAAGGCUGGAGUCAUGA